AUGGUUUUCUCUGAAUCAAAGUGGAUUAAAAGAGGAAAGAUAUUACGUUUGUUUUCUUCUUGUUUCUCUUGUACCCAAGAUCAAAAUAAGCUCAAUCAAGAAUCUCAUGAGAUGGAAAAAAAUCUUCUGAGAGACAAUAAGGUGUCCAGGGAUGAGAAUAAAGCCCUUAGAAGAGAAAACAAGUCCCUCUGGGGAGAAAACAAAGCACUUCAACGAGAAAACAAAGCCCUCCGAAUGGACAACCAGUUAAUCCGGGAGGAGAAUCAGACCCUAAGACAGCAAUACCAGGUCCUAUGGAAGUGUAACAGUGUGAUUUUCAAGAGCCAAAAACCACCUGGAGAAAAAACCAAUGCCUUGAACACAGAAAGGAAGUCUUAUUGGCAACAGAAUCGAGCCCUGGAAGCUCAGAUCAAGGCUCUUGGGGAACAGGAGAAAGCCUUCCAGAAUGAGGCAAAAGCUCUUCAAGAAGAAAUAAGGUCUCUCCAUGAGGAAAUCAAUGCCCUACAUCAUCAAGAGAGAGCAAUCAAGAUGGAGGACCACGCCUUAAUUAGAGAAGGGAUAGCACUAGAGAUGGAAGAACGGGCUCUGUGGAAAGAGGAACAGGCCCUUCGUGAAGAGAACAAGGCUCUAAGAGAAGAAAAGAAUGCUCUUCAGGAGGAAAUAAAAGCCCUUCUGGAAGAGGCAAAGAUCCUUGAGGAGUGGAAUAAGAUUUUUCAGAAAAAAGAAAACAAACAUGCAUGCUAG